AUGGACGUCGAUCCUACAUCACGUUCUAAGUUCAGGGGCGAGCAGACAGCUCGCAGUCAUCUUGCGGGCACAAUAAGAGACAAGAUCAAAAAGGCUCAAGAGAAAACACUUAGGUACUCAAAUGCACACAAAGGCAAUAAGCAGUACCAAGUAGGCGAAAAAGUCGGGUUAAAAACCAACAGACGCCUGGGUACCAAAUUAACGCCGGUCAUUGAGGCUGAUCUGGUCUGUCCACGAUCUGGGUGGACAAGGACAACCUUCGGAAACUUGCUACUCCCGUUAGUCCUACUGACAACUCCCUCGUGGACCAUAAAACUAAACGAAUACUCACACGCUUACCACAUACCAAUAAUGGACGGAGGCAUUACUUUAUGGGACGAUUACGGUUACAUGGGACAAACGGUACAUCGUACGAGACUUACGCGGACGAGACGAAACUCGCGAUGGACUCCUUCGUGAAGGAGCACAUGAGACGGGUACUUCAAACGGAAUUGGAACGAAUAGAGACUCUUCUGGACACACUAAACGUACGUCAUCGACAUGCCCGUAGUCUUAAUUUCAUAGGGACUGCUUUGAAAGCAAUAGCGGGAACACCUGACUCUGACGACUGGGACCAGGUGAGGUUUAGACCUAUUGUACUUUUUAAUAAAAUUUCCGAAGCCUUUGUCAACUUGUAGAAAAAUAAGAGUAUUCACCAACGAUGUACCGAUAAAUAUCACCGACGAAAAGGGAAUAAACCGGAUAAUAUCAGGAACUUACCUGGUAUCAU